AUGUCGCCUGAGCAAGAAUUACGGUUGCUGUAUUUGUAUGAUGAAGAAAUUAUAAAAAGGAUUGCGGUGCAUCAUGUGGAAGCCGUUAAAUUUGCUAAACUACUCAAAUGUGACGAGUAUCAAACUCUCGUCGAACAGUACAGUUUCAAUUGGAUUAUCUUUUCAGUACAGCUAUGGGAACGAUUGUGGAAGGCUUCAACACGUAUUCUUCUCUUCGAGACCGUUCUCUCCUACCUCUUCGAUUGCGAUCGAAAGCUCCAUCGACGGUUGUUGUGCAUCAAUUUUACAAACAAUAUGCGUGACAUAAUUGAAGUUUUGAAAAAUUUCGAUGGGAUUUUCAAAAAUAUGAAGCCUGAUGUCGUGUGCGAAAAAAUUUCAUGCAUAAGCCGACAUCAUGCAAAUUUGAUGUUGCCGGUGAAAAACAUAAUUAAGCGAUUAGGAGAAACAUCUGCUAAGAAAUACAUUUUGCGAGCAGUACUUGAUAUGGGCGAAGGAGGGUUCCUGGAUUUGUUGAAUGCAGUGGCAGCUUGCUCAGAUAUUGCUCAUCAUUUUGUGACGGAAUCGUACCCUGAUUUUGAGCGAUAUUAUUGUUUGUUUCUGCAUGAACGCGGGAGAGCGGAACGAGGUAGACUUUAUUUUUGCGAAUGUGAUAUCCCAAUAGCUAAUGUUAUUAUGGAAUCACGAUCAAAUAAACAGGAGAAAGUGUGCAUGAUGGAUUUACGUUAUGAGCAUUUUCCUAUCAGUGCAUCAGAUGCAGUCAAGGAUGAUAUUUAUGAAGGUGAAGUUAUUGUUUUACGAAAAUAUCAGGAAGAAAUAGCUCAAGCAGCUUAUAAUGGACAAAAUACUUUGAUUUAUGCACCAACAGGAACGGGCAAGACUAUAGUAGCGGCUUCGAUCGCUCGAAAUCAUCUUGUAAUGGGCAAGAAAAAUAAUUUUCAUACGAAGAUUUGUUUUUUUGUUACGAAUACGACAUUUUUGGAGCAACAAGCUAAGUUGCUGGAGAAAUUUGUUGGUCAUCGUUGGAAAGUUGUCUUUUUGAGCGGUAUAACAACGAAUACACCUAUUGUAGAGACGAUUGAAGCUUACGAUGUUAUUGUUAUUACACCUCAGCUUAUUGUGAAUCUCUUGAAGAUUUGUAAUGAAGACAAUGGUUUACCCUUUUCGUUAUCUUCAUUCUCGCUAAUGUUUUUCGAUGAAGCUCAUCAUGCAGAUGGAAAUCAUCCUUAUAAUGUGAUUAUGAAUGAAUAUCACGACAUGAAGCAAACUGGUAAGAUUCUCGAUGGGAAACGCUUGCCCCAGAUUGUUGGCUUGACGGCUUCGUUAGGUAUCGGUAAUGCUCAAAAUGCUUUGGAAGCAGUAGAACAUUUUAUUAAAAUAUGUGCAAACUUGGAUAUUACUGUUCUAAGUUAUGUGCAUGAAAACAUUGAUGAACUUCGUGCGUUUUCGUGCAUUGCUACUGACGAGACGAAACUAGUUGCAUCCAACAUAACCACUGAUUCAGUAGUUAUUGGUAUCUUGGAUCUCUUCAAGCGAUUUGAAGGCAUUUUGAACAGGAUUGUGAGGUCAGUUUCCAUGUCCGAUAAAAUAUAUGAACAUUCGAGCAGGGAUACGCUCCAUAAGUUGCUAAACCCGCCACAUGAUAAGCACUCGAAAGUAUAUGAAACAUGGUUUUCUCAGUUAUUGGUCAGAUUUGUUCCCGUAGCAAAGCUUGAGAGGGAAAGCCGUUUUUUUAUAAUGACAUGCUUGCAGUUCAUUGAAGAUGAACUUAAAAUUUCUGGAUCAGUUUAUUUGUUUCAGAUCUUGUUUCGUACCUUGGAACAUUAUAUUCAUUUUCCUUCGUAUGUUGCCAAAAAGUAUUUUGAAAAUGAAUUUGAUAUCAUCCGACACACUGCAAAUCAGGAACUCGUGGAUAUCAUGCAAACAUGCCCUCUAAGAACUAUUACUGAAAAUAAUGCAAAUAACGAACUGUACAAUGAGCUUCUGCGUGAAUUAUAUGAUCAGUUCACUAAGCAGAAAGAUGGGCGUGCUAUUAUUUUUGUACUAUCAAGAGAUUUUGCGGGGCAAUUAUCAGAAGAACUGAAUAAAGAUGAAAGCCUGCAAAUGUUGGAUGUUAAAUCGGAUUUUAUUACAGGCAUCAAUGCAUCGGGUAUGAUCGGUGGUCAAUCUGUCAAUCAGCAGCGUGAUAUACUGGCACGAUUUACGUCGGGUGAUAUUAAAAUUUUAUGCGCAACAUCUGUCGCAGAAGAGGGCAUCGACAUCCAGAAAUGCAAUCUUGUCAUCAAAUAUGAUUAUGUGACCAAUGAAAUUGCACAUGUACAACAAAGAGAUUCAAUCAGGCGAGGCCGAGCUACAAAUUCGCGUUGUGUUUUGAUAACGUGUGAUCAAAAAUUGCAAGCUCGUGAGGAGAAAAAUAUCAUUCGAGAGCAAGUUAUGCGAAGUGCUUUGCAGUUGAUCGAUCAGAAAUCACCAAAUUGGUUUCAGGAAGAGGUACUGAAGCGCGUAGAACAAAAUAAAAUGGAGCGAGCCCGAAAAAAACUUCUCUCAGAUGAGAAAAAGAUUACACUAACCUCUAGGCAGUACACAUUAUUAUGCAAAAAAUGUGAUGCGGUUAUUUGCGCUAGUAGUGAUAUUGUUGUGACAUCCACCCAUUCUCAGUAUCUCUGUAUUUGUAAAGAAAUUUGGAGUCGUUCAAUCCAACGACCAUUUUCAAAAGAUGUGGUGGAACGAGAAGCUUGUUAUCAGUUAAAAGGCAUUGGAUCGGUAUAUUGUAUAAAGUGCAAUCAUCAAUGGGGUCGUGUUGUUCGCUAUAAUGAUUUUACACUACCUGUCAUCGCCGCCAAUGCAUUCGUUUUGGUUGCGGCAAACGGGGAAAGAUUCCAAAAGAAACGGUGGAAGCAGAUAGUUGAAAACUUAUUCAAUCCUCGGAAUAUUGAAUUACAUGACUAUGCAAUUAUGAAAGCUGCAAUUGUACCCAAUUCGAUUUUUGAUGGCUUCUGCAUUUAG